AUUUUCGCCUAUUUCUUCUCCCCCAUUGCGAUACUGUGUUGUGACUUCGUUCAUGUCUCUCUCUCUCUCUCCCUCAUCCUGUGCAUUGUCGCCCCUUCCCACGCUGUGCCGCUUCUGCGCCGUUGCUGCCUCGCCUAGCCGCCACGCCUUAAGGUAGCAGUAUGUGGAGGCGAGUGGUGUCAUCAUCAACGUCUGAGCUCUGAACCCUAACAUCAUCAUUGCCCUCUCUCUAAUGGAGAUCCUCAUUUCUCACUCUGCCGUUUCUGAAUCUCUUUUCUCCCCACGCAUCCUCUGCUUCUGUCAGAAAUUGGAAGAAGACUUCCAUACAUCCUUGUCAUUAAUCUCCAAGUAUGCGUAUGAAUGCUUUCCAGUCUCCUUUUCUCCUUUGUGUAUCCUUCGCAGUUCUUUGAGACUUGUGAAAUACGUCAAACAAGACAACUUUCCAGAGCACUUCUUUGCAUCUUUUCUGUGCCGUGAUGAAGCUUUCAAGCUCGUAAAUGAUGGAUGGUUGAAUCAUAGUAAUGGUGCGAAAGGAGCUACAGAAUAGCAGGUGUUGAAUGAUAACUUUGUUUAUUAUGGUUACUAAUAUCAGUUUCUGAAGUUCCUCUUGGAUUGAAAAAACUAGCCUCUCAAUAUUUUUGGGUUGAAAUUGUUUACUUUAUAAAAUAAUUUCAUUCAAGUAAUAUUCUUAAGUUUUGAUU